AUGCUUCAAGUGCAUGAGGUGGUGUGCCCGCUGCGGAAGGUGGCUGGCAAAUCGUUCGUUGGUCAUUUGGAAAUCUACAUGAACCCUUACACCGAGUCUCUCCAAUGCCGGUAUGCCUACGCCAAUUGCUUGGAGAAGCGCGCCGUCAAGAGAGACGGCCUACUUCACGCCCUCUGCGAGAUCCAUCGUGAGAAAGCGAACGCAUAUGCGGCCAAACGGCGACAGCAACUCCAACGAAUCAAAAGCGAAGAUUGCAACGACGAGUGCGAUAUGCUAGUGGAAGGUAGCGACCUGUUCCUGGAGCCCAUGUCUCUGCACACCGGACCGGCAGCGUUCAGCUCUGAAGAUUGCGAACUCUUGGGUCAAAUCAUGAAGAAUUAG